CUCACAUUUCCCCGGUGCGGUGCCGCUCGUGCUGCUGCUGCUGCUGCCUCCGUGUCCUCCGUGCGGCACAGCGCGGCCAUGGUGGACUCUCCCAGCGCGAUGAAAAAGACCUUCUCGGUGCCGGAGAUAAAACCGUUGGACCAGUACGACUUCAAUCGGGCCAAGAUCUGCGCCAGCGUCCGGUGGCUGCUGUCGAAAUCGUACGGCUCUGCAGAAAAUGUUCCUGUCGAGUUGCGGGAGCCGCUUUACAAGGACCAGUAUGAACAAGAGCACCUCAAGCCGGCCGUCUCCAAGCUGCUUCUCUCCCCGGAGAUCUACUGCCGAGCUCAGGCCCUGCUGGCCCAGGCACAUGGGGUCUCUUUGCCAGCGUCACAGGGGUCCCCGGCCGACAACUCCGCCCUGCUGCAGUUCCUCAUCAAGAGAGGUUUCACCCCGAAGGUCCAGGAUGUAGAUGUCACCGAGGAGGAUCUCAGCAACGUCCCCAUCAAGACAAAAUCCCACCUUGCCCUGAUUGACGCUCUGAUGUCACUGGCUGCUAAAGAGACGGUGGGCCGGGUGAAGAUGGCGGUGGAGGCGGAGCAGAUUGGCGUUGGGUCUCCAUGGGAGAACGCUCUGCUCUUCUGGGUCAACAGGUUGAACCAGAGGUUGAGAGAAAGCACAGAGGAAGAGGAGCCCCCAAAGUCGCAGACGUGUACAGACCUGCAGCCCGCUCAGGAAACGUGUCAAUCCACCCGUUGGUACUGGAAACUAGUCCCCCAUGCUAUCGCUUUUUGUUUGAAGGAGUCGGGGAAUAAGCCGCCAGUGAUUCGCUAUAGGAAGGACAAAGUGCAGUCUAAGCUGACUCCUACUUUCCCCCUGGUUUCUGCGGUCAAAGAUCUCUCUAAUGGCUGUGCUAUAGCUGCUGUGCUGCAUUACUACUGCCCCAGCUUGCUGCCUCUUGAGGAUGUGUGUCUAAAGGACACUAUGUCAGUGGCUGACAGUCUCUACAACCUGCAGCUGAUCAAAGAGUUUUGUGAGAGUAGUUUACAGAGCUGCUGCCCCCUCGCUGUGGAGGACCUGCUCUACGCUCCACCACUUCUUCAUCUGAACAUCAUGAGCUUCAUAGCAGAGCUGCUGGAGUGGUUUGAAGUCAAGAAGCCUGACUUUGUCCAGCCCAUACAACCCGUCGACCUCACAGAUGUCUCAGGGUUACUGGACUGUACAAGUCCUGUCAGUGGGAACAGCAACAGUGGUUCGCCUUCCUUUAUCUUCAAACAACCAUUUGUGCCCAUCUCCUCCCCAGUGUCACCAGAAAACAAAAGUUGGACAAAGAAGCAAAUCAGUCGUCCUCUGUCAGCAGUGACUUUCAGCAUCCCAUUUGGGCUGGACAGUGAUGUUGACAUUGUCAUGGGAAACCCAAUAGAUUCUGUCUUUCGCUCUGUCAGCACUGACAGCCUAACCACCGGCAUCCCUGCAAUGACCUCACCGGCGACCUCAGCAGGGAUGACUCGUGUCCCGUACAGCCCUCCAGAGGACCUCAGCCACCUGGUCAGCGCUUCAGCCCCAUCGCAGCGGUCUUCCUGGGGUCCUUACGCUCACACAGCACCACUAGGAGAGCUGCCAACUAUCGAGGAGGCGCUACAGGUGGUUCAUACUCCCAACAGCAAAGAUCGUAAGAAGGGAAGGACGCCAGAGAAAGGUAGCAGAGGAGUUUUGGGAGGAAGGCCGGAACCCAGGUUGCGUCCAGAGGGAGCCCCCGCUGGUUUCUUCCUGCACUCCCCCGAGGAGGAUAAUCCCCAGCUCAGUAGCUCUGCUCCCUGUCGCUCUGGAGUCCUCUACCGGCCUGUUGGAGGAGAAGUGGGCAAUAACGAAAGGCAAGGCCGGGGAGAGAGGAGGGAAAGAUCAGGACGUAGCUCUGAUAUGUCACGCGACGAUGACUCUGUUCUACGAGAUGGCAGCGUUGACUCCUCUGAAGCAUCAGAUGAUACCCCUAGAAACGCCCCUGGUAACAUUCGACCCAGUAACGGUCGCCAGGGAAACCACAGCACCAGCAAUAGUCCACGCAUGACAAGCUUUGCUGAGCGACGAGACAGCAGAAGAAGACAUCCCGCUGCUCCUGGAGAGGAGUCAGCCUCUGCUCCGACCCCAACAACACCAGGAACUCCACAUACGCCCUCAACCCCAGCAGGAGCACCUGGCCACCAGGACAGUCCAGGUGCCAGAGGCCCGGAACCGGGUUCAGAGGCCUGGGAGUUGGGGGUUCGCCUGGAGGAAAAACGCAAAAGCAUUGAAGCCCAGAAAAGACGCAUUGAAGCCAUCUUUGCCAAACACAGACAGAGGCUUGGAAAAACUGCUUUCCUUCAGUUGAAAAGAGAGCAGGGAGAAGGCGGAGGGGAGGGAGCAGAGGAGGAUAAUCUCACCCUGGAGGAGCGCCUCACCCGCAUGGAGGAGCAACUGAAACAGGAGGAGGAGAAGGAAGAGAAAGAGAAAGAAAAAGACGGAGAUAAGGACAAAGAGAAGCCAUCUGUUUCCAAUCCUCCUCGUUUGGAGAAGCAGGUCACGUUCUCUAUUGAAAGUAAGAAAGGGACAGAGAAAGAGAAAGCAGGGGAAACUGUCAUUGUGGAAUAUAAUGAAGUGGUACAGAAACUGAGUGAAGCUCUGCAGUCACUACAAAAGGACAUGCAGAAACUUACAGAACAGCAACAGCAGCUCAUGAACAACCAAAGACCCAGAAAUACACCCAAAACCACUCCAAAAUCAACACCUAGAAGUAACAUCAAAACACCACCCAAAACCCCUCCCCACACACCAACAAAGACACCACCAAGAACCCCGAUAAAGACUCCCACCAGGAACAACAACAGUAAAGUUUGGAUGAUCCCUGCCAAUCCCAGUCCCUCUGCCUCCUCUCCGUCACGGCGUUCUCACGGUAUUUCUUUGUCCACCUCACCAAAAACUGUCAUCUCUUCCUCCUGCCCUGCUCCUCGCACUAAGAUCCACUCCACCUCCAUGUCUCGCAGCCCCAAACACCACCCACGCUCUCAAAAUCAGCGCCCCCACCCACGGCCCUCGGAACUCAAGUUCCCUCCACUCAAUCGUGUCUUGACACCAACCCAGACUGUGGACACGCUCCCCCACUUGCGCCGUGUGUCCCCCAGCAAGUGUCAGGUUCAGACCUCCUCUUCCUUCCGCAUUGGUGGUCCCAAGACUCCUCAGGAAUCUCCUCAGGCUGCCCAGCAGCCACAGCCUGAUGAGAGCACCUCAGACACAGGCUCUAGCGAGACACCCACCCAGUUCAGCCUGGAGCUGGAGCAGGAGGACACAGAGGCUGUCGGAGGGCUGCCGGUCUUGUCACAGCCCAAACAAGAUUGUCCCAGGGCUGCUGGUGGCAGCAGCUCUGGUGCUCCUUCAGAGUGCUCGUUUGAGAGCGAGACUUUGUCUGUUUCUGCUGCGUUCAGCGCAGGAGGUGAAGAAGGGAGAGGUGCAAGGAAGCGCUGCAGCCUCAUUGAGGUGUCACAAUCAUCCCUUGGAGGGCCAGAAGGAGGCAGUGAUGAACCAACUGAUGAAGGGCAGGAGUUUUCCUCUGAUUCUAUGAGUGAUCACACGGAAUCUGCUGCAGAACCUGCAAGAAGAAUCGCCACAGAAGUCUUCGAUCCUCUAGAGCAGCUGAAUCGAGCUUUAGAAGCCACGGAUUUGCCAGAACAAGAGACUGAAUCCAAAGAACACACAACACAAGCAGAAACUUUGGAACCGAGUGGAGAGCCGAAUGAGGUGGAAACCAGAGGAGGAAUAGGAUUCUUCUUCAAGGAAGAGGUUCAUAGUGAAGGGGAGAUGGCCCAGCGCAGAGCUCUCCUAUUGGAAAGACAGCAGAAGAGAACGGAGGAGCUGAAGAGGAGACGACAGUGGCAUGAGCAAGAAAGGGAAAACAGACCAGCAACCUCAGACAGGACAGUAGCAUCUCCCUCCAAUACACCUCCUGCCGGUACCACCUCCCCUUCCCCCACACCUCCUGCUACCCCAGCCCGUCGUGGAGAUUUCACACGAGGGGAGUACGCACGGCGGCAGCAGCUCAGGCUCAUGGAUGACUUGGACAAGGUGCUGCGGCAGAAAACAUCCGGGCAAGGACGAUCUUCGGCUAAGAAAACUCGCUCUCGGCCUCGCAGUAUGACCAGGGAGGAAACUCAGCUGUCUCUGAGUCCAGCCAAAGGAGCAACUUGCUCUAAGUUGACCAAAGUCUACUCUCACUCCUCCCUCAAUCUGGCCGCCACGGAUGAUCCAGGACACCGUGGUAGUGACCCCACUAAGAAACCCCACAGCCGUCCUGAUUCACCCUCAGGAUGUGUGAUACCAAGUAGACUGGCUAAUCAGAACGGAGAUAAGGACUGGGAGAGCGGCUCCAAUGGAACCUCACCUGCCCCAGAAUACACAGGUCCAAAGCUCUUCAAAGAACCAAGCUUCAAGUCCAACAAAUUUAUCAUUCACAACGCUCUCUCUCGCUGCUGCCUGGCUGGAAAGGUCAACGAGACACAAAAAAACAAGAUAGUUGAGGAGAUGGAGAAGAGUCCUGCCAACCACUUCCUCAUCCUCUUCCGUGAUUCCAGCUGCCAGUUCAGGGGCGUUUACACCAUGAACCCCGACUCCCAGGAGCUGGUACGAUUGGCUGGCGUGGGCCCCCGGACAAUUAGCUCCACCCAGGUGGAGUCCAUUUACAAAUACAGUUCAGACAGGAAGCAGUUCAGUGCCAUCCCCUCUAAAACCAUGGGCAUGAGCGUGGAUGCCUUCACUAUCCCUAGCCAUCUUUGGCAAGGGGGAGGGGGGGCAGGAGGAGGAGGAAGCAGGAGAGCAAGCAUUACCAAGAAGGCGGUUAUUUCCAAGUGAGGAACAUAACACAACAUCACAGUGGCACACGAUUAAAGAAAACACUAUAAUCACACUGUAAUUAUAGUGAGAACUGUAGUCAGACGUUAAAAACAGUUAUUUAUAUGCUCACAGAUAAGCCUUUAGGCAUGUGUGUGCGUACAUACACCUUACCUGUCUUGCCCUUGGAUUUUGCUAGAAAUAUAAAAUAUUUAGAAAUUAUUUUUACUCCCCCUUUAUGUGCAUGAAAACAGUAACAGCACAACUUUAUUUCCCCUACACAAACAAAGACACACUCAUAUCCAGAGUGUACAGAGGAAGGUUUUGUAAAAUGUUAUGUUAAUUGCACAAGGAAGAGUUACUUUUAAAAAGUCUUACUUAUACUUUCAUUGUUUGAAGUACAAACAUUUUUUUUUCUUUCAGGAGAAAAGUAAACCUUAUUAAGUUGUUUACCUAAAAACACUGACUUUCAUAGGACAUAAGAUUACCCUCUCUGGUUCUGUGGACUUAGAGUCCUGUUGUAGAAAACCAGUUUUAUAUGUUAAGCCAAACAACGGAGAAAAUGCCUUCUCGUGUCAGAGUAACUGGCAGGACUUUUAUUUUGUACGACCCUCAAGUUCAAUUAAUCCACAGCUGUCAGCAGGUGGAUCCAAGCACAUUUGUUUUGCAAAAUUGAGAUAGCCAUAACCAUAUGAUGCAGAGAGCAGAGGUGAACUUUGUUUUUUUGGACUGUAAAUGUGUCAGUGGUUUUCAGCGAUGAUUACCACAGCAUGAAUGGUUAUUUACUGUAUGUGGUAUAAGCUUAUUUCAAAAUAAUAUUGCAGUGAGAACUUGUGGUUUGAUGAAACUACUGUAUGUUGAUAAUUGGUAUACAUAUGAGCAACAGACGCCAAUUAAAAGAAUUUUUGUACACUGAACUAAUAGCAUAACGAGGUUGACGUGUCAUGCCAAGCUUACAUGUACAAGUACCUGGAUUGCUGCACUCUUGGUUGGGGAUGGGUUUGGAAACUCAGUUUCAUUUUGGACCUGGUUCUAAGUUGGUAAAAUACCUGGAUUAGUUAAGCUCUGCAGCCAGUGAAUCCCUUAUCGAAUCUUUCAGUCACAAUCUCUCUUAGAUAGUCUCUUCUGCAAAGAAAAAAAACUGUGACAAGUUCUAACUAAGCGACAAAGUUGAAAACAAGACUGAACAUGGGAGACGCCUUAAUUUAAAGGUUCCAGUGUGCUGGAGGAUACUGACGACAAAGGGAAGAAUUACAAGUCCCUGCUUAAAUAUUAUUAUUAUUAUAUUGAUAUGUUUUAGUGAAAUAAAAACAGUGCAUAUGUUUUCUUUUUAACUAAAUCGUCUUCAUUUUUUAACAAACAAAACUACCUAACAAGAUUCGAUAAAGGAUUUGAAAGGAUUCAGAUCUGAUAAAAUGCUAUUGAACCUCUUGGUAGAGUGCACACAAUUAAAUUGGUGUGUUUCAGACCAGCAUUCAUGUAUGAAAUAACAGACUGGAUUAAACUCCACUGAUCAA